AUGCCCUGCAUGUGAAUAUUGCGACGCAGUGGAGAAAAUGAGAUCGAAUGGCGCUCUCUUGCUCGCGGCAGUGAUCCUUUGUGUGGGCUUCUGCGUCCUGGUGGAGGGAUUGAAGUGCCAGACAGACGAUGGGCCCACUGAGGAGGAUGUGAAGCGUGUUGUGCGGGUGUGCAUGAGGAAGAUCGGAGAGGAGUUGGAUGAUAAUAGCAAUGACUAUGAAGAUGAUGAGCAGCCUUCAGAUCAAGACAACUACAGGAGCAGGAAUCGUGAGCACUUGCGCGGCAGACAAGGAAGGUAUCGACGCAGUGGAUACAAAAAUUCCAGCAACGGCUACGGGCAGAGCAAUAACAAUAAUAAUAAUAAUAAUAAUCAGUCCAACUACGAGAGACGCUCGGAGUACGACAGAUCGUGCCUCAUGCAUUGCUUCUUCCAGGAGAUGAAGAUGACGAACGAGGAUGAGUUUCCGGACAAACACAAAGUGUUGCAUGUACUUACACGAGAACUAAGGAAUCGUCAGCUGAAAAAUUUCUAUACCGAUUCCAUCCAGGAGUGCUUCCACAUUCUGGAAAUGGAGCAGCGGCGGGACAAGUGCGAGUUCUCAAGGAAUCUCAUUUACUGUCUUGGGGAGCGUGCAAAGACCAACUGUGACGACUGGAGCGACAAUACGGUUAUCUUCUAAAAAAAUAAUAUAAAUAAUUGGACAUAUACCUCACAUAUUUUCACCUAAAUGCAAUGUCAAGUUGAUCAAUAAAUUUUUCAGAAGC